CUCGUUCCCUCUCGAGCUCUCCGGUAACCUUCGUUGAUUUAUAUCCUCUUCGGACUGAUACUCUUUAGAUUUAUCCCCGUCAAAGUAGAAAAUUGACCCUAGAUUUGUCGGGUUCUACUUGUUGUUCCGAUUCGAGUUUAACGCGCUGUAACGUAAAAUCCCUAAUUUCGUUGUUUAUCAAACCACCAUUGUGAGGUGUAAUCUAUCGUACCUAUUCCUCAUGUGAUGAUUCAAUCGUUAAUUCGAAGUCCUUCUCGUAUUGCGUGAUCUGGGUGCAUUUGUGGGUUUUGAGGUCUCACAGAGGUUUGUAUCAAAGGCUCAAACUUUAACUUUGGUUCUUCAUCUGGUGAAUGUUAGUAUCUGGUUUUGUUAAAUCAAUGGAAAAGUCAGUCACGGUGGUGCAUAGGACUGUUGUGCUUGAGCCAUUUAUCAGGCUGGUGAGGCUUGUAGCAAGGGUUUUCUAUUUACACAAUACUCCGGAGAUCGAUACUCAACAGAAAUCUGCUAAAGGUGGCAGCGGAGAGAUUGCCGCUCUUCUGCUGGACGCGCUUGUGAGGCGGCAAUGGGUUAGAGAAGAAGACUUGGCAAAAGAGUUGAACCGGAAUGGCAAGGAACUUCGAAAAUUAAUUAGACAUUUUGAAGAACAAAAAUUUGUCGUGCGUUACCACAGGAAAGAGACUGCAAAGCGUGCGAAGAUGUAUAGUUUUGCAGUGGCUGCUACAACUUCUGGUCGAGCAGAAGACAACAUUAAGUUCCACACACACUCAUAUUGCUGCCUUGAUUAUGCACAGAUAUAUGAUGUUGUUCGUUAUAAACUGCACCGGAUGAAAAAAAAGUUCAAAGAUGAACUAGAAGAUAGGAAUACUGUUCAGGAGUAUGGCUGUCCUAACUGCAAAAGAAAAUAUAAUGCACUGGAUGCCCUGAGAUUAAUUUCUAUGGAAGACGAUUGUUUUCAUUGUGAAAGUUGCAAUGGUGAACUUGUUAUGGAAUGUAACAAGCUAACUUCCGAAGAAGCAGUAGAUGGAGGUGACAAUGCAAGGAGACGGCAGCGGGAGAAAAUAAAAGUUUGGCUUCAGAAUCUGGAGGUUGACCUGAAACCUCUGAUGGAUCAAAUAGAUAGAGUAAAAGACCUACCAUUUCCUGGCUUUGAACCUUUUCCGGCAUGGGAGGCUCGUGCAGCUAAGGCUGCUCGUGAAAAUGGUCUUCUUAACCCUGAUGAUCCUUUGAGGUCACAGGGUGGGUAUGGUUCAACACCAAUGCCAUUUCUCGGAGAAACAAAGGUUGAGGUCAACCUUGGUGAAGGAAAAGAAGAUGACAAAUCUAAAGUUGGAGAUUCUAGUCUGAAAGUCUUACCUCCAUGGAUGAUCAAGCAAGGCAUGAAUCUGACCGAGGAACAAAGAGGAGAGAUGAGACAGGAACCAAAGGUUGAUGGAGGAGCAGCAAAAUUUUCAGAUGACAAGAAAUCAGUCAUGGGAAAUGGCGAUGAUGAUAAGGAUUUAAAGGAUGAGUACGUCAAAGCUUACUAUGCCGCUCUACUAGAGCAGCAAGAGCUUGCUGAAAAGCUGAAUCAGCAAGAAUCUGCAGGCGAAUCAACCACAGCUACUACAUUCUCAGAUCGUGAGGUUGGUAUGAAGUCCAAACGUGAAGAAGAUGAAGAAGAAGAUGUUGAAUGGGAAGAAGAAGCUCCUGUUGCAGCCAAUGGAAACUACAAGGUGGAUUUGAAUGUGGAAGCAGAUGAAGCAGAAGAACCAGAAGAUGGUGGUGAAGAAGAUGACGAUGUUGAUUGGGAAGAAGGCUGAAAGCAAAUGGUUCAAAGUUCAGACUAGUACUCAUAGUUGUUAAUUGUCAUGUGCACUAAUAAAAGUCACUUCUUGUUAACUUAUUGAGAAUUCCGUCAGCUACACCAUUUUACAAAAGGUUGAAAGAAAGAUGGUUGAACGAGAUUUUCCAUUUUUUAA